CUCACUCCCCCCACCUCCCCCACUGCUUCUCCUCUCACCUUCCCUCUAGUUUGUUCUCCCAGACGUGAAGCACUCUUCAGUAAGAGCGAGUUCGUGUAAGUGCAACAAGGACAGAGACCUCAAGCCAGAACUGGUUUACAGGCUUUGGGGCAACCACAAGGAAAUACACGCAUUCACUCACACGCUCACUUACACACAAACUCCAAAAGGAAACCACAGUAUAAACACACACACACAAAAAAAAACUGUCAACAGUCUAGACAGCAGGACAAAAACUUCAAAGUGUGGGAGUCGAAAGGAGAGCAAGAAGAGGAGAAAGGAGAGAAAAGAGAAGAGCGAGUGGAGGAGAAAGGCCAUGGCAGACACACAGAUCCCAAGCCGGCUAGCUCUGAUCGUCUGUCUGCUGCUGCUCGUCACCAGCACAGAGAGCAAACGCAGGCUCAGGAGGAGAGGACUCAGCCAGAAGGACUAUGAAUACCCAAACCACUCCCAGUCCACUCAACAACAGAAGAGUGAUCGGUGUCCACCUCCGCCUCAGAUGCUUCCCGAGAGGGCGUGUGAGGUUCCGGGCUGCCGCUCAGACUCGGAGUGUGAAAGACACAAACGCUGCUGUUACAAUGGCUGCAUCUAUGCCUGUCUGGAAUCAGUUCAGCCUCCACCUGUGCUGGACUGGUUGGUGCAGCCAAAGCCACGAUGGCUUGGUGGAAAUGGCUGGCUCUUAGAUGGACCAGAGGAGGUUCUCCAGGCUGAGGCGUGCAGCACUACAGAGGAUGGGGAUGAGCCAUUACACUGUCCUACCGGAUAUGAAUGCCACAUCAUCAACCCCGGAAACCCCUCUGCGGGCAUUCCCAACCGAGGGCAGUGUAUCAAACAGAGGGGAAACUCAGAUGGUCGUAGCCUGAGGCAGAAGUACUUCAAAGAGCACAAGGAUUAUUUAGGAAGCAACUCCAAUAUUGCAGUGGGUUAUGAGAAAAAUCACAAGCACUUAGGCUGAAAAACAGGUGACCUUCAUAGCCCUACAGAAUCUACACAAAACAAAACCAGUCAACACUUCUGCAGAAACUGGAUAUCCUUGCUUUACUUUUUGGUGCUUUAUGUUCGAGGUGCUAUAACAUGGAAAACAUUUCCUACCUCCUCCAAACACCGCACAGAGUGUUACAACUUGCCAGACUGAUCUUCAUGACUUUCUCAUAUAAACAUACUGCUUAGUGAAACAUAGAUUUUGUUCUUCCAUGUAUUUAGAAUAUUUAAAGUUAGCUAAAGCUGAGAAUGUACCAAAGAUACAUGUACCCUUAUACACACUCCGGGAAAACCAAAGAGCAAUGCGCACAUCAACAGCAACAUCUCAGGCAUAAUUUUAGCUUUAAAAAAAACGGUCAUUGAUUAUUUACAGUCAUUUGGAUUGGGAAUGUUUUGGGAUCCUAUAGGAGAAGCAGCCUUAUGCAGCUGAGAAUCAAGAACUAAGGAAACUGCUUCUCAUCCUCUUCUCAGUGAACCUCAGCAGCGAAAAGAAAACGAAUUUUUUUAAAAAAAAAAGACAUUCUUUUAAUGAAGAAACUUAAAACAAAGAAAAAUUUGUUAUUAAUCCUGUAUUCA